GCCAAAACGCCACUGUUCUGGAGCCCGGACUUGCGACUGACAUAACAAGCAUAUUCGCUUAUAAUAAGCGGAUACGGCAACACUGGCACUUGGUAAUGGCUGGGUAAAUACGAAUGAGGUUUUGUUGUGGAGUCCACAGAAGCACGUAUCGCAAAGCUCCGCCCUCAACUAUUCGAAAUGAUGUUCUUGUAUGAGGCACUGAGCGAGGGAGAGAGUGAGCGAGAGGUGUGGGGGGGGAGCGAGAGCGCAUUCGGUCGGAAAUCACUUCACUCUCACAUAGGCUAUCCACAGUAUACAGGCGCGCGGUGAGCUGCGGCACUGAUGAUGAGAGCACGCGCACUGGACGCUACCGGACAUAGCCUUGGACGAUUUUUUCUGUUUUCACUUUUAUGCACAGACAGUUGUUGACUGAAGGUCUACGUUUUGAAGGAUGUUGUCGUGUGAAAUUGGAGGUGUCGGGAUGCUUUGAGCCCGGUCCGGAGUACCGCUGGUUCGGGGUUUCCUUUCGUGCGCAAAGAGAGGACACUUCUCUCUGAUGUGCGUAACCACCAUCAGCCAAGUUGCGCGCUCUUAUUUUUUGACGUGACACUUUUUGCUACAGUUCUACAGGACCAGAAAAGGGUGCUGUCUUUUGUAUCGAAAGGAUUGCGGUGGUGCUGAAUUUUGGAUAUCCAAAAGCGCUUGAUUUGUAGCGUGCAAAGCUUUCAAGAGCACAUACAACUAAGAGGAGUAACUAUCCAUUAAGUAACAGACUAAUGAUGUGCCAGAGUGCCAAUGCGAUGUGGUCACGGUGGAGUGCCAUGCUAGUGUGGAUUUUCCUCCUUCUCUGUUGCUCUGCAGAUGUAGUCAGCACCAUCAUCUACCAGGUGACAGAGGAGCAACCGCCCAACACACUGAUUGGCAGCUUGGCAUCUGACCAGGGCUUGCCAGACACCGGUCACCUUUACAAGCUUGAGGUCGGCGCCCCUUUCCUGCGUGUGGAUGGGAAAACAGGGGAUAUCUAUACUACGGAGAUCCCGAUCGAUCGGGAGACUCUCAAGGACUGUCGCAACCUUUUUGAGGGCGAUCCUUGUUUCCUAGAAUUUGAGGUGUCUAUUACAGACCUGAUGAAAGGCACAGGACCUCGGCUCAUCGAAGGCCGCAUCGAGAUCUUGGAUGAGAACGACAACACUCCACAGUUCUCUUCACCUGUCUUGACAUUGUCGAUCCCGGAGAACACACACGUGGGUGCGCUUUUCCAAAUCCCUGUGGCCACCGACAGGGAUUCUGGAAGCAAUGGCAUCGCCGAUUACGCGCUAACGACUGGCCCUGAAGCUGCCAACCUUUUCAGCCUGCAGGUGGCGCAGGACUCAGAUGAGAAAUUGCCCCAACUCAUUGUAUUGGGAAACCUGGAUAGAGAGCAGCGAGAUUCAUAUGACCUCAACAUAAAAGUGAUCGAUGGUGGCUCUCCACCCCGCCAGAGUAGCGCCUUGCUCAGGAUCACCAUUACAGAUGUCAAUGACAACGUGCCCAAAUUUGAGAAGUCACAUUACGAGGGUGAGCUCCCAGAAAACAGCCCAGUGGGUUAUUCUGUUCUACAAGUGAAGGCCUACGACUCUGACAUGGGACCCAAUGGAGAGGUGACCUACAGCCUCCACCAGGCAUCACCAACUGUCCAGAGGCUCCUCGGCAUUGACCGCAACACAGGCACCAUUUUCGUUAAAGGCACUGUGGAUCGUGAAGAAAUUAGCAUGCUCAAGUUCUACGUCCAAGCUAAAGACAAUGGUCCACAAUCAAAGAACUCCAAAGCCCUUGUGACUAUUACAGUAAAGGACCAGAAUGACAAUGAACCCUCCAUCAGGAUCCGGGGCAUUGGGCUUGUGACGCAUGAUGAUGGUGUCGCUAACAUAUCAGAGGACAUGCCUGUAGGCACAGCUGUGGCUUUGGUGGAGGUAUCAGAUCAUGAUGAAGGUGAAAAUGCAGUUGUGACCUGUGUGGUCGCAGGGGAUGUGCCAUUCCAACUGCGUUCAGCUAGUGAAACAGGCAGUGACCGCAAGAGGAAGUACUUCCUCCAGACAACCAUGCUACUGGACUAUGAACGGAUAAAAGACUACAGGAUUGAAAUUGUAGCAGUGGACUCUGGCAACCCUGCACUAUCCAGCACAAAUUCCCUGAAGGUGCAAGUGACUGACAUGAAUGACAACUCCCCAGUGUUCUCGCCUUCUUUGUAUGAGGUAGAAUUUGCUGAGGAGAACCAGCCAGGUGACAAGGUUCUGGAUGUGGUAGCCACAGAUGCCGACAGCGGGACUAAUGCGGAGCUGACCUACACUAUCACUGGUGGAUCAGUACCCGAGGGGCUCUUUGAAAUUAACCCUAACACAGGAGAAGUGCAUGUCAUGAGCCAGUUGGACCGUGAAAAAAUAGAUCACUAUCAAUUUCUAGUUGCAGCAGCUGAUAAAGGUGUACCAAGCUUGAGAGGAACUGCCACUGUUGUCAUUAAGGUGCUCGACAGGAAUGACAAUGACCCUAAAUUUAUGCUUAAUGGUUAUAGCUUUUCAGUCCAAGAAAACAUGCCACCCCUUAGUCCUGUAGGAAUGGUAACAGUCAACGAUUACGACAAGGGCGAGAAUGCUCGUGUUCAACUUUCUGUAGAACCAGACAAUGGCAAGUUUAUGAUUCAAAAUGGAACGUACACUAUACUUUCGACUAUUUCCUUUGACAGGGAAAAGGAGAGCACCUACAGUUUCCGACUUAAAGCUGUUGACGGAGGUGAUCCACCACGUUCUUCCUAUGUUGGCAUUACCAUUAAUGUUCUUGAUGAGAAUGACAAUGCUCCAUACGUCACCAAGCCCUCAAACUCUUCAUACAAGUUCUUGGAUCCCCGCACAAGCCCAGAAACACACGUUGAAAGUGUUAAGGCAGAGGACAUGGACAUCGGUUUAAAUUCAGAGAUGGAUUUCAGUAUAGUAGGGGGCAACCCGCAUGGAUUGUUCCGCAUCUCUACAGAAGGUGAGAUUACAUUGGCUAAAGAGUUCACAUCGAAACACAUUGGUCUCCACCGUCUGGUAGUAAAAGUUAAGGACAAAGGCACGCCGGCACGCCAUACGACUGCACUGGUUCAUGUCUACGUCAAUGAGACCAUUGGCAAUGUUUCCCAUGUUGAAGGACUUGUUGGACACAGUCUUUAUACGCCACUUGAAAUGGACAUAGCAGGAGACCCUGAUUAUUCUCGAGACCAGCAUAGUAACAUUAUUUUUGCAGUCUUAGGUGGCUUUUGUGUGGUCAUUCUUAUCAUUGCAGUGGCUAUGAUCAUCAGGCAUGUCGUGCUAAAGGAGAAUAAAAGUGGCUACCAGGCAGGCAAGAAGGAGACCAAAGACCUCUAUGCCCCCAAACCAGGACCUAAGAGCAACAAGAACAAGAAAUCAAAGAAAAGCAAAGCUCCAAAGCCUGCCAACCCAUCUGAAGAGGAUGAGGGGGGGAGUCUUGAGAAAGGCCUAAAGUUUAACCACAUGAAUGAAAGCAUCAUCGAUAGCCCUAGGAUUCACCUGCCGCUCAACUACCCCCCUGGGAGCCCGGACCUAGGGAGACACUAUCGGUCUAAUUCUCCCCUGCCAUCCAUUCAGCUCCAACCUCAGUCACCUUCUGCCUCAAAGAAACACCAAGCAGUGCAGGACUUGCCAGCAACCAACACCUUUGUAGGAACCGGUGACAACAACUCAACAGGCUCGGACCAGUAUUCGGAUUACAGCUACAAGGCCAACUCUACAAAAUAUAGCACCAAACAGCUCCCGCAUCGCCGAGUGACCUUCUCCACAGCCAAUCAGGCGCAAGAUCUGCAGGAUGCCUCUCAGCACAGUUACUAUGACAGUGGUCUGGAAGAGUCAGAGACACCCAGUAGUAAGAGUUCUUCAGGACCCCGUAUCGGGCCCCUCGCCCUGCCUGAAGACCACUAUGAACGCACCACCCCAGACGGCAGCAUCGGGGAGAUGGAACAUCCUGAGAACGAUCUGAGGCCUCUACCUGACGUGGCCAUGACUGGAAAAUGCACACACGAGUGUACGGAAUAUGGCCACUCGGAUUCCUGCUGGAUGCCUGGACAGCCCUCACCCAACCGCACCAAGAGUGCCAAGAGUGGGUCCAAGCUCUCCACCUUCGUGCCUUACCAGGAGAGGGAGUGUCAGGAGCGCCUGAUGGCGGACAGCAGCUCUAAGCCUCACGGAGAGGAGCGGAGUGGAGGCGGGAGCAACAAAGUGGCCAGCAUUCGCUUUUUGCCUCCCUACACUAGUGCCUAUUCUACUGGCAGCGACUCCAGCAAGGACUGCCCCCGGGAGGAGAUCCCCCUGAGUCAGACAGCUGAUUACGUCCCUGCCACUACACCCUCCAGCCAAGGCUCCAAAAGAGAAAUCUACCUGUGAUUCACCUGUUGUCCGCCUGUGUUUGAUUCCACAUUCGAUCCAAUUUACUUGUGAUCAGUAAUGCCUGUGAGAGGAUAAAAGGCCUCAUUGUCAAAACACCUGCUACUUCUACCACACCGCCAGAUCCCGAUUUACUCAGUCAUCUCCAAUCCCCUCAGCUAUAAGCCUAAUUGUUGACACAAAGCAGCUAGAGACCUUCUUUAAAACCCUCUAGGUUUUAUACAACCCUGUGCAUUCUUAGAGGCUCUGGAAGCCGAAUAGAUAUGAAGAGAAUAAUUAGAAAAAAAGAGAAAAUCAUUUAGUGAAUAUGAAAUGAAGUACACAAUCCCCAUGUAAACUUCCAGUGAAAGAAUGUAAGGACAACUUUUUAAGUGUACUUUGUAAUAAUUU